AUGACCCCAAUUGCCGGCAAUGAAGACGCCGCAUCCACCGCAUCAACACAGGAAGACCGUGGUCGGUGCGAAGUGCGUCCGUCCUUGUCUGAGCGGACACUUGAGACGCUAUCACAAAUUCCACCGUCCCCGGCGUCGGUAAGAAGACAGUCCAGCUUUUUCAAUGGCGCCAGCCCAAUACGCUCGCCAUCUCGUGCUCCGUCCAAUGUGUCCAGUUAUUCGAGAUCGCCAUCCAGGGCCUCGUCGGGCGCGCCAAGUACCAGCGAGAUGUACACCCAGCCUGUGUCGCAACUACGGCUUCCCUCGAAGCCUCGCAUGUCCGUUGCGUCCCUUUCUCCAGUGCGUGGUUCGGAAGAAGGCAAAACCCCUUCUAAAUUGAAGGCGCCAUCGAGUAGACAAAGCCUUGCGCCAGGGGAUGAGGCACAUUCCGAUAUCAAGUCACCACUCAAGAAGAAAUUAUCACAAAGAUCCAUUGGGAACAAAGAUACAACAAAGCCCUCGAUUGUCCGACCCUCACCCGGCAAGAUCACCACAAAGCCUACUCAAUCAAACAUGGGUCCCCCACAGAAACCCCUUCAAGUGAGAAAAACACGAAAACCCCAGUCAGAGCAACCGUCUGCUAUGCGAUCUCCAUCGACGGCGUCAAGAUAUGUGUCUGCUGCCUCCAACGUGCAGGAUGAGCUAUCCCUUGAGCAGCAAGCAGAAUCCGAAGCCAGGAAAGUCUCGAAAUCAUCUAAUACGCUGCGUGAUACCAUAGCCAAGGCGAAGGCUGCACGUAAGGCAAUGGCAGCCGAAGAGAAGAAGGAAACACCACAAAAAGUGAUAUCACAGGCUCCAUCUGCCGAUCCAUGGGGAGGCGCUGAUGAAGAGGAUCCUUUCAAUCAGCUACCUAAGGGUGACAACCGAUUGGUCAUGCGAAAACGAGUUCAAACAGGACGCUCUACCGGCCAGCUGAAUAUCGCGGCAAUGUCUUUGACAGAAAUUCCAAAGGAAGUGCUGACGAUGUACGACUACGAUCCAGACAACGCAGCGAACUGGUUUGAGAAUGUCGAUCUCGUCAAGUUCAUUGCUGCGGAUAAUGAAUUAGAACGUAUUUCAGACGCUGUCUUCCCGGACAUCAACCCCGAAGACUUUGACCCAGACAGUGACGACCGGGGACUUCAAUUUGGUGGGCUUGAGACAUUGGAUCUUCAUGGCAAUAUACUGAAAUCACUUCCGAACGGUCUCCGCCGCAUGCAAAAUCUACGCACUCUCAAUCUAUCGAACAACUCGUUGGACAUGGAUAAUAUUCAGAUUCUCACAGAGAUAAUGUCUCUGACAGAUUUGAAAUUGGCAAAUAACAAGCUCGAGGGACAAUUGUCGACAGUCUUUGCGGGUCUUCACCAACUGGAUUCUUUAGACCUCCGCGGAAAUAAUCUCACCAGCCUCUCCGAGGCACUGGUUGGGUUGACUUCUUUGAGGACAUUAGAUGUCAGCGAGAACAAGCUGACCUCUUUGCCAUUCGAAUUGCUCAGUAAACUUCCCCUGAAAACGAUCAAUGCGCAAAAGAACAAGCUGGAAGGUACCUUGAUUCCUGCCUCAGUGGACCGUUUCGAGACCUUGCAGACCCUGAACAUUGCGAACAAUGUUGUCGUGGUCUUCUCGGCAAAUGACAUGCUUGAUCUGCCUAACAUACAUACUCUUUUGAUUGGUGUCAACCGCAUUACGCACCUCCCCUGCAUGUCUUCAUGGCAGUCUUUGUUAACACUCUCUGCGGAGGAGAACAAAAUUUCAGAGCUUCCACCAGGAUUCGUGGAGCUCAAGAAUAUCAAGAAGGCUGACUUCACUGGAAACGACCUCUCGCGUUUGGAUGAGAAGAUGGGUUACAUGGAAAGCCUCACAUCUUUCCGUGUCGCCAACAAUCCCUUCCGUGAGCGGAGGUUCCUAACCAUGGACACUGAAGACAUCAAACGUGAUAUGCGAAGCCGCAGCGAGCCCGAUCCUCAGGACACAGAUGAUGAGGGCUCAGUAGCCACUCAGUUCACUCUGGCACCCGAAAACCCUGCGCUCGAUGCCAGUUGGCAGCUCAAAUCCGGUGGUACUCUUGAUCGGUCUUAUUCUGAGAUGACAGAUCUCAAGGUGGACCAGCUGGAGAUGCUUCCCUCCCAAGAUAUUCGCUGCCUCUACUUACAACACAACAAGAUACCCUGCUUCCCAGCCCCAGCGCUUGCAAUGCUCGCCGAGGGCCUUGUUGAGCUUGAUCUCUCGAACAAUCCCUUCAACGGGGCUGACUUUCUGUCUUCUCCGCUUGAGCUGCCCAAGCUGCAAUCUUUGAACUUGAACGUAACCAGAUUGACGUCGCUGGAGCCUCUGUUGGCCAACCUUACCGCUCCGUCCCUGACGUUCUUGGACAUUUCCCAUAAUCGCCUGAAGGGUCCCUUACCUCAAAUCCGACAGACCUACCCAGAGCUGAAGACUUUCAUUGCGUCUGAUAACCGGUUCGCUUCCUUGACCUUUGAAGCGGUGCAAGGGUUGCAGGUUUUGGAUGUUAGCAACAAUGACAUUGAUUCCCUUCCCCCGAAGAUUGGCCUGCUGGGUGCUGAACGCUCCCCUAAGAACUGGGGUAACGGAUCAGCCCUGAGACGCUUUGAGGUAGCCGGCAACAAGUUCAGAGUGCCUAGAUGGCAGGUAGUUGCCAAGGGGACUGAUUCAAUCUUGGAGUUUUUGCGAGACCGCGUUCCACUGAGUGAGCUCCCUGAAUGGGAAAGAGACGAAGCCAGUGAGGAGGAGCUCUAG